AAAACCUGCGUGGGGAGUCGGAUCUCAGAGCAGUUCAGGACCUGAGAGCGGAAUGGCGGCUCCUCGGAGUUUCUUCUCUGUCUGCGGGGUUUUUCUGCUUUUCGCCGCUGGAUCCGGAACUUCAGGCUACAGGCGAGCAAACCAGGAGCGCUGCAGCUACAAGGUGCAGUCUGCUGCAGAGGGAGUUCGUAAAUUGUUCGUCACCUUCAGGACUGACAACUGCUCAUUAAGCUACCCACUGGGGAAACACGUGAUCCAUGAGGUAUCCAACGUCUCCUUCAGCCACCUGGCCUGUGACGACCAGGCUGCUGUGGUCGUCCACUGGUCUGCAAGUCCUCUAGGAAUCGAACACAUUAAAGGCUUCAGAGUUUAUCUGGAGGACAAAAAUCCAGACGGGAAGCAGUGUCAGCACCUGAUCCUCAAAGACCCGCGGCAGCUCAACUACUCCUUCAGGAGCACGAAGCUGAGCAGUCAGCCAUUCAGUAGUUUGACCUUUGACACUGACUACAUGGUUCGUGUCGUUCCUUUCCCGUCUCUGAUGAAUGAAAGCUUCUUCCCUCCAUCUUUCCUGAGGACCAACUCGUGUGAAAUCCUGCUUGGAUCGGACAAUCUGGUCUGCAAACCAUUCUGGAAGCCAAAGACCCUGAACGUGUCUCAGCUUGGAUCAAACCUUCAUGUGACGUUUGAUUUGGCUCCAUCCUCCUUCAACUUCCAGCUGUAUUACCUGUACUACAGGCUGCGGCAGGACGGCCUCUUCAGGGUGCAGCGCUGCAGACCAGACCUGAACCAGGCCAGGACAACGUGUGUCCUUCAGGACGUCACACCAGGAACCUACGUAAUAGAGCUUAGAGACAACAGCAACAUGACCAGGAGGCAGAUGCAGUUCCACGUCAGCCAGGUCCACUCCCCGUGGGCGGGGCCUAUCCGUGCCAUGGCCAUCACCGUGCCGCUGGUCAUCAUGUCGGCCUUCGCCACCCUCUUCACUGUAGUGUGUCGCAAGAAGCAGCAAGAAAACAUCUACAGCCAGUUGGAUGAGGAGAGCAGCGAGUCGUCCAAUCAGAGCGCAGCGCUGAACAGCGAGCGUCCGUGGCCACGCCCCAAAGUUUUCAUCUGUUACUCCAACAGAGAUUGCCCCAAACACACCAGCGUUAUCCAGAGCUUUGCCUACUUCCUGCAGGACUUCUGCGGCUGCGAGGUGGUGCUGGACCUGUGGGAACAUCUGGAAAUGUGCAAAGAGGGUCAGAUGUCGUGGUUGAGCCGACAGCUGGAUGAAGCAAACUUCAUCAUCACCGUCUGCUCUAAAGGCCUGCGAUAUUACGUGGAAAAGAAAAGCCGCAGAGGCAAGACUCCCAUUGGUCGCCGUAGCAACAGCAGCAGCGGCUCCCCGACCGCCGGGUCGCACGGCGACCUGUUUGUCGUGGCCGUGGCCAUGAUAGCAGAGAAGCUGCGGCUGGCGAAGCAGAACGCGGACGGCGGGGAUCCGGAGCUGAGCCGCUUCAUGGCCGUGUACUUUGACUAUUCCACAGAGAGCGACAUCCCGACGGCACUGAGUCUGGCUCCCAGGCUGAAGCUCAUGGAUCAGCUGCCGCAGCUCUACGGCCAGCUCCACUCCAGCCGGUCCGCGCUGGCCGACCCGGAGCAGCAGCCCGUCAACAUCUCCAGGAGGAACUACUUCCGCAGCAAAUCCGGACGCUCGCUCUACGUCUCGAUCUGCAACAUGCACCAGCACAUCAGCCAGAACCCGGACUGGUUCGAGAAGCAGCCGUCUCCCCCAGGAGCGUCCUCGGCUCCGUCGGACUCCUCUUCCUCCAAACACGCACCUCUUCCUCCGCGGCCGACCUGCUCCUCCUCCGUGCCUCAGCCGGAGCGACGGUUUGACUCCGGCGUGGUGCUGAACGAGGUUCUGGUGAGGACGCCGUCCAUGGAGGGACUGGAGGGGGAAGCGAGGAGGAACGUGCUCCUGCUGGCCGCCGGCUCCAGCCCAGAGCCGCCGCACUGCUCCGCAUCCAUCCCAGGAUCCACUUCCAGAUUGUCCACCGGCAGAUCUGGAGUUUCAUCCGAAGAGUCUUCCUCCUCUUCCUCAGCUCCCUGUGUCCUCCAGGAUGAAGAGCGACCCGCUCCGGGCCACACCGAGGAGCCCGGCUCCUCCGGCCCGGACGUCCCGCCUCCUCGGGAUUCUGGAAUCUACGACUCGUCCGUCCCGUCGUCGGAGCUCUCCAUCCCGCUGAUGGAGGGACUGUCACAUGACCAGGCAGACUCUUCCUCUUUGGCAGACAGCGAAUCGUCUUCGUCUGGCCUCGGUGACGAGGAGCCGCCUGCAGUGUCGUCACUUCGCUGCAGCGCCGCCUGCAAACCUCAGCUGCACCAGCUGGAGCGCAGCGACGCUCAUGCAGCUUCCCUGUAGCCCGGGCUGCCAGCCAAUCGAGGAGGGAACGCUGGUUCAUGCCGCUGUUGAUUUGAAGAUAAAACCAGAAGACUUGAAGGGUGCUGAGGAGUCGUGGAGCUGCAGGCAGAGGGAGCGCAUCGGUGGUAGCGCUUGUCGUGCAUUUGUGGUCAGACCACUAACUACUGAUUAUGGCCACUGCUGAUUCCAGGCUUAUGUGGGCCCAACAACCACCACGACCCCAACACUCGCUUCAGGAAAGAUUUGUCGGAUCAAACUAGAGGAUUUCUGAACCGCAGACCAAAGUUGACAUCCAAAGACUUGAUCUGCUGGUUCAUGCAGCGUUUAGACGUGGAGACAGACAGACAGCAACAUGCAAGAGGACCGAAGUUGCAGCAUUUGUUACAUUUUCAGCUGCUGCAGUUCUCAGAUUUUAGAGAUUGGAGGAUUUCUCUUACGUCUUUGGCUAAAAACCUCAAGUCAUUUUUCCCGCUAGCUCUAAACUCUAGCAUUUUUGUUUUGGUUGCAUUUACCCAGGAUGCACUGCGCUGUAGUCCAUUCCUGCUUUUGUAGCAGUCUCUGGUUUGCUUGAACCGAACCAGAGUUCACUUCAACCCAACUGAGACCUGAGGUUUGUUGUUUUUUCAGAGUUUGAUUAGCAUCAAACGAACUGGACUUUGUAGGACUAAACGGACUAAAGCAUCGGUUUAUAAAAGUAGAGGGAAAUCAGCUGAACUCUUAAUAUUCUUGGUUUAAAAUGUGUUUUAAUGAAGUGCUACUUUUUAUGUAAAUGUUUCUGGUCAAUCUUUUUGACGUUUUGAACAACAAACUCUAUUAAGCUAAUCUCCCUUCACAGAAAUGUAAUUUAUGUUUAAACAUUGCAGCAACAAUUUGUUUGACAUCUGGUUAAAAAGUGGUUGUAUGACCUGAUAAUGUGAUAUAAUAUAAAUAGAAGAGUUUUAUUUUUCUCCUUGAGUUUAUGAAAAGCAAUUUGUUGUAUUUUUUUUUUACAUGUUUGUAACCUGUGUCACUCCUGCAAUAUUUUCACUGUGGUUUUAACAUUUUCCAAGUGUUUUACAUUUAUAGAAAACAAGUUUCAUGCUUUCACUCUUAAUUCACUAAGGAAUAGAAGUACCUGGAGAGGAAGAGUGAAAAUUAAAUGAAGCGGCUCAUUGGAAGAUCUUCUGACUGACGUUUAAAUCAAGUCAAAGAUACGUUAUUGAUCCCAAAGGGAAAUCAAAUGUGGCUGAAACUCAUUGUACCCAAGGUUCUACAAAUAUUUGUUUUAUAUUCUGUUGGCUGUGGGCAGGAAGGAUCUCCUGUAGCAGUCUGUGCUACAACGGUUGUGAAGAAACCCUUGACUGAAGAUAUUCUGUUGUAAAGCAUUUUCAUGAAGAGGAUGCUCUAAAUACAAGUUCAGUUCAGAUAGAGCAUAACGAAAAUUGUCUUCAUGUGCAACAAUCAUGCCCGAUUACUUAAAUAAAACAUGAGAACAUGAGAUAGGAUGGAA